CCACUUCCUGCUGUGCCGAAGUGAGUUAAUAAAAACCCUUCCGGGACCUCCUCUUCCUCCUCCUCCUCCCCGGAGACUCAGCUUUCGGCAAAACCUGGGGUCGCUUUCCCAGGCGGCUGAUGAAAGUGGCUUUCAUUGCACUGCCCGUUCCUGCUCUUGGGCUUGGCAAUGUCACAGCAAUUAACUGUCCCCUUGCGUCAGCUCCGGAGGUGACCGGGAAAUGCCCUCCCACUGUGACACAGCUCUGCUGGCACAGCCUGUGCCAGGCAGGGGACAGACCUGUCACCAGCGACAUUUUGGCGUGUGGAAAUAGCCGGGCGUGGGGUCCUGCGCUGCGUGGCCUGGACUCGCUGGGUUUUAUGCUGACAUGGAGAUGCGCUGUCUCCCGUGGGGCUUCCCUGCCAGAGAGAAGACGAUGUGAAUGGGCUGUAAGAACAAAACGAGAUGGAUGGAGACCUGCCCUGUGCUGAGGUGGAUGGAGAACUGCCCUCUGCCACGGAGAAUGUGGAAGGAGAGGUGGCCUGUGCCAAGAGCGAUGCAGAAGGAGAGGCGCUAUGUGCUGAGAGACAGGCAAAAGGAGAGGUGCCGUGUUCGGAGAGCUGUGGGGAAGGAGAGAUGCCCAGUGCUGAGUGCAACGCUGAAGAAGAGAUGCCCAGUACUGAGUGUGAUGCUGAAAAAGAGAUGCCCAGUGCUGAGCAUGAUGCUGAAGGAGAAAUGCCCCGUGCUGAGAGUGACACAAAUGGAAAGGCACCCUGUGCUCAGAGUGACGGGGAAGGAGGGACACCCAGUACCGAGAGUGAUACUGAAGGAGAGACAGCCAGUGCUGAGAGCGAUGCAAAAGGAGAUGCACAAUGUGCUAAGAUCCCUGCUGCUCCAAAGAAAAUCUCUUCUAUUUCUUCUCCCUUGCGGGCGAUCAUCCGCCUUCGACGACAGUUCCGGAUGCAAAAGAAAAGUCGUCUACAUUUAGAGCUCCCUAGAGAAAAAUCUUCAGAGCUGGUCCAAACAAGACUGCUUCAAAGGCAGAUUUCCCUGAGCCGAACUAGCCUGUACAGCUCUCCUAUGUCCUUCUUUAACCAGAGCAGUUUUGAAAAUUCACAAUACUUCACCUUUGACACAUCUGUGGACCAGUAUGCUAUGAGUAAACGCAGGCGGAAGAAGAAACGUAGGAAGUCUAGGAUAGUCCUGUAUCCAGAUAAAACAAAAAGAUAUCUUCCAACAGAGGAGAAAAGCAAUGCAAAACGCUGCCUUCUCUUGCUUAUUGCCAUUAUCUUCUUCCAGAUUCUAAACGCUAUUGAAAACCUGGAUGAUAACCUCCAAAAAUAUGAUCUAGAUGGUUUGGAGAAAACGAUGCACCGGGAAGUAUUUGGGCAGAGUGUUGCUGUAGAAAACAUUAUGGAAUUGCUGAAAGACUAUCUGGCUACCCACAUACACAAUAAGCCUCUAGUAAUCUCUUUAAAUGGCCCAGUAGGAGUCGGAAAGAGCCAUGUUGGCUGGCUGUUGGCCAAACAUUUUCGUUCUGUCAUGGACAAUGACUUUGUGCUUCAGUACUUUGUGAUGCAUCACUGUCCAAAUGAGGUAAAUGAUCUCACUUGCCAAAUAGAUUUGUCUAAGAAGAUUUCUGACCUGGUUACAAGAGCUGAAAUAGAAGAGAAGAUACCAUUGUUUAUUCUGGAUGAGGUUGAACUCAUGUCUCCAGUCCUGCUGGAUACUCUCAGCCGAUUCUUUGAACCCAAUCAAACCAAUGAGUUCCUCAAUGCCAUCUACAUCUUAAUAAGCAACAUAGGAGGUAGUGAAAUAACAAAGUUUGUUAUCCAGAAUGCAUCCACUGAGCUUCUGCAUCAGCAAAGGGGAAUUGAGGAACUGCUGAACAUCAUCCAGCCUUUACUGAUCCAUGCCCACCCUCUCUGGAAGUCUGCAGACAUCGUACCAUUUGUUCUUCUGGAGAAGAGUCAUGUCAUAAACUGCUUCCUAGAGGAGAUGAGGAGGGAAGGGCUGUAUCCUGACCAGAACCAUAUUGAAAAUUUAGCCAGUCAGCUCAGUUAUUACACUACAGGGGACAAGCAGUACUCCAGAACAGGCUGCAAGCAAGUUGUGGCCAAAGUCAAUUUACAGUAGUGGAUUACUGCAGAGACCAAAUCCUGCUCUCAGGAGCAGCGGAAUUCUGGGCUUAGAGAGGAGUACAUUAUAGCAGACUGUGGUCAUGGUGUCCUUUCUCAGGCCAGCUGUAAUUCCGUCCCAGUGGACACACUGUAAGAGCAUUCGAGGUGAUGGGACAACAGCCCAGACUCCUCCACUGUGUGAGCUCUGUUCUCCUCCAGAUGCAUCACUCAUUCCUAAUGGUCUGUGAAUGAGGCAUGGCCAAUGAAGCCAUAGCAACCUCCCAUUAAUUUAGGGGUGCUUUAUCUAUUCCUUACAUGCUUGUUUGGGAUAUUUGUCAUGAAGGAUUUGUGAGAUGAGAACAGAUGCUGUGGGAUAAUAUAAACAGAAGGAGGAAAUAGUAACACAUUUGGGUUUACUGUCUCAGCAGUACACAGUCUUGUCUCUUUUCCUCUGUGGCCUCACUGUCUUCACCUCUUUACUUUUAUUAGUCCUGGCAGGUCUUGUGCAAGGUGGGUGGCUCUGCAGAGCAGAGGCAAAUACUGACAGCCAAGGGGAUAUCUGGGAGAUCAAGAAGAAUCUGUGGCUCUUUUGUCACCCAAAUGCCCUGGCAGUCAGUGCUUUGCAUUCUCCAGUUCCUAUGUGACUGCACUCCCAUGAAACUCUUUUGUGUCCUUGGAUUAACUCCUAAGUUGUAGCUCUUCUGAGCUCAUGCCUUAGCUCACCUUUGGCACCUCCAGCAGGAUUCCUACUGUGCAGGUUUGUUUGCGCUUGCCUCAAGGACUGCUUGGAUGGUGCCAGGUAGUGUACAAAUAACUGCCAGAUUGUUUAGAUCUGGAGAUGGCAACUUGUCCUAAGAGCUCUUCUGCUUUUUGCUUCUGGGUACACUUCACCACAUUAAUUAUCUAGAAAGCCCAAAAUAGCAACUGACAGAUACCAUGCAAUACGUGCUGGAAAAGACAAUUUGGGCUCUCUGUGCCAAGUACAGCAGGAAUCCUGGGCUUAUUCCUAGUCCUGCAAGGCCAAAAAAGGUUCUUUACCAUUGAGACCCAGAGGAGAGCAUGUUGCCUGUAAGCACCUUUUGCAGAAGCACGUGCCCUUGUUUUGAGCAGGCAAACUGAGGAGUUAUUUAUGACAUAUUGCUUUUUCAGGUUUUGUUUUUGUGCCUAGAUCCCCUUCUACAACUUGCUGUGAACUACCAUAUACAUCAAACGUGAGGACAUUUGCACUGGUUGUUUGAUUUGCCUCUUUCUAAUAAAGGAAGUCCAAGGACUUCCAUCACAAAAUCCUGCUUCCAGAACUAUUGUGAGGAAUAAAUCCACAAAUAAAAUCUUUCAGAGUAGA